CCUGAACGCCAGCCCUCCGUGCGGCUCCUUCGAGCAGCUCCAGUACUGGCCCAACAACUUCGAUGACUUUGCGGCCGCCCUGGUGACGCUCUGGGACGUGAUGGUGGUCAACAACUGGCAGGUCUUCAUGGACGUCUACACGCGCAACUCCAGCCUGUGGUCGAAGCUGUACUUCGUGGCCUGGUGGCUCGUGUCCUCCGUGGUCUGGAUGAACCUCUUCGUGGCUCUGAUCCUGGAGAACUUCAUUCACAAGUGGGACCGCCAAGGCCAGCAGCAGCCGGUGCUCGGGGCAUGCCGGGCGACGUACCAGGCGGUGGAGCUCAUGUUCAGGGAUGUCCUGGAGGAGCCCACCGAGGAGGAGCUGCUGGAGAAGCUGGUCCGGCACCCCCACCUCCACCUGUGCAGGUGACGCUGGCCCGCGCCAGGCCGUGGGGGGAAGGACAGAGGACGGGCCUCUCUAGACUAGAAUGUCCCUGCGCUGACCACUCACCCCACCUGCGUGCAAGAAGGAGCUGCCGCGGGCGGCGCGGACCGCUAAGGACACGCGCGGUGGACGCCGGCUCCGGCCACUCUCCCCGCCACUGCCGAGUCCUCUAAGCCGGCACGAUGACCUGCUUUCUUCUCUCUAAAGGCAGACCCCGAGACACGGGUCUGGGGGUCCCCCGGGCCGAAGCUCUGGGUGGGCUCGGACAGUGCCUCGAAAUUGUGAUGUGGGAAUGGCGGGGGGUGCCUGGAGCCGGGUGAGCCGUGCCGGGCGAGCUGAGCCUUCUUUAAAGGGGACUCGAGAGAGGACGGCAUCCCGUGGUGCCCGGCGGGCUGGUCUGUCAGGGGAGGCCGGAAGGGGCGAAGCUCCCGCGGACGCCCGCCGCCUCCUGCACCAGGCCUGGCCACGAGCUGCCUCGGCCUUUGCCGGUCGGGCCUGCCUGUCGUCUCAGAGGGCCGCCGCGGCUCCGGGUCCUCCGUGAGGUCCAGCGUGACCCCGACUGGGCUUUCGGACCUGUUUCGACUUCUCCCCCCUCCCCCCCUCCUGCCACCUGUUUGCCCUCUCAGGCCCGUCUGUUGAAGAGAAAGAAAAGCUGGUUGUGUUGUUAGA